AUGUAUAUUAAGAAAAUUGUGAUACAAGGGUUUAAGACUUACAAGAACACAACUGUAAUAGAUUUGUUGUCACCGAAGCACAAUGUUGUGGUCGGCAGAAAUGGUUCAGGUAAAUCAAAUUUUUUCGCUGCAAUACGAUUUGUUUUAUCUGAUGCUUAUACACAUAUGACACGAGAAGAGAGACAGGGCCUCAUUCAUGAAGGGUCAGGAACUGUGAUGUCUGCUUAUGUUGAAAUAAUAUUCGAUAACUCUGAUGGCAGAUUCCCGAUCAAUAAGGAAGAAAUAUCAAUCAGAAGAACUAUUGGUAUGAAAAAGGACGACUACUCUUUGGAUGGAAGGUCAGCCACAAGAUCGGACAUAAUGAAUUUAUUAGAGAGUGCAGGGUUCUCGAGAUCCAAUCCCUAUUAUAUUGUCCCUCAGGGAAGAAUUACCGCAUUAACUAACUCGAAAGAUUCAGAGAGAUUGACUUUGUUGAAAGAAGUAAGUGGUGCGACCGUAUUUGAAUCAAAACUUAAGGAAUCUAUGAAGGAAAUGAAUAAUUCCAAUUACAAGAAGCAAAGAAUUGAUCAAACUUUGCAAUCAAUAGAUGAGCGAUUAUCAGAUUUGGAAGUAGAAAGUGCAGACCUACAAAAGUUCCAAUCGUUAGAAAAAUCGAAGAAGAUCUUGGAAUUCAAUUUAUUUGAUAGAGAAUUGAACGAUUUACAUGAGCAGCUCGAUUUAGUAGACCAAGCUUACGGCGAAAUACUAUCGGAAUCACAAAAAAAUCUUGGAGAGUUGGAAAAAAGGGAAAAGUUAUGCCAGCAGCUUACUGAAACUAUAAAUGAUUUGAAAACUUCUUUGAAGAUUUCAAGAUUAGAAAAUGAAGAAACCGAUUUGGAAUACAAUCGUCUAUUCAAAGCGAUUUCUGAAAAGGAAAUUAGAGUGAAUGAGUUAAAAUCCAUGAUAGAGAAUUACAAAGAAAAAUCGUCUAACCUUGAUAGCUCAAUUCAGUAUUAUAAGAGUUUAAUCAAGCAACAAGAAGAUGAGAUUGCAAUCCGCAAGCCAGAACUCUUAGAUUUGCAAAAGCAGGAAGAAAUUACAAAGACAAAAUUAUCUGAACUUAUAUCUGCUCAGCGUUCUUUGUAUGCAAAGCUGAGCCGGUUCCUGAAGUUCAAGUCAAAGAAAGAAAGAGAUGCGUGGCUAAGGAAAGAGUGUGUCUCAAUUAAGAGCCAGAUCAAGCUGAAAGAGUCCUUAAAAACUCAUUUAGAACAAGAGAUCGCUGAAAAAAAUUUGGAAAUCUCAUCUGCUAACGUAAGAUUUAAGAUGUUAGAAGAUUCGAUUAAUAAUGAAGAGAAGCAGAAUACUUUAAAAGAAUUGCAAGGAUCAGUGCGUAAUUUAAGAAAAGAAUGUGCUGAGUUAUCAGACAAAAGGAAGUCUCUCUGGAGAGAUGAAAUCAAAUAUAGAAGUAUAUGCGAUUCGGUUCAACGUGAUGUAACUGAAGCGGAAUACUCUGUCAAUCGUACUAUGAAUCGUUCUCAGUCAAGAGGUUUGGAGGCCGUAAAGCAAGUAGCCGCAAAAUUGAAUUUGCAAGAGAAAGUUUAUGGGCCCUUAGUGGAACUUUUUAAUGUGAGUGACAAAUAUAAGACAGCCGUCGAAGUUGUGGCAGGUAAUUCUUUAUUUCACGUUGUUGUCGAUAAUGACAAAACCGCAGCUUUGAUAAUGAAUGAUUUGGCUAGAACAAAAGCUGGACGAGUGACUUUUAUGCCAAUAAAUCGGUUGAGUCCUCCUGAAGUUGAAUAUCCUGAUGGUACUCAACAUCUAUGCAUUCCGUUGAUCAAAAAGUUGAAAUUUGAUGAUGAGAAAGUUGGAGCGGCAAUGAACCAAGUUUUUGGAAAGACCAUCGUUUGUAAUGAUUUACAAAACGGCUCAGAACUUGCCAGAAUGUUCAAGUUGAAUGCUAUUACGUUAGAUGGUGAUAGAGCAGAUACAAAAGGUGUCCUAUCUGGGGGUUACAGAGACUACAGAAGCUCACGAAUUGAUGCUAUUAAGCUUCAGAUCAAGAAAAAGAAAGAAUUCACAAAUGUUCAAAAGGAUCUUGAUGAAUGCUCUAAGCAAAUUGAGGAGGUAAAUGUUAGAUUAAAUGCAUGCAAUACUGAGUUACAAAAUAAGGUAAGAAGUUUGGAAGAUCUACUAUCUUCUCAGGAGCCUAUCAAAUCUGAAAUAGCUCAAUUGAAGAGUAAGAUUUUUAAUUUAGAACAAGAGUCUAAUUCAUUGAGAACUAACCUAACUGCUGUUGAUUCUAUUGUUCUUAAGUUUAAGAGAUCAUUAAAGGAGCACGAAAGUGAGAUGAAAUCAGGUUUUGGUCAAUCAUUGACGCAGGAAGAGAUCCAAACAUUGCAAGACUUGAAUCGGAAAAUUCAGGUUCUUGAGGGCGACCUUGAUAAGGUAGUGACAAGACUAUCUGAUGUUGAAACUGGCGUAUCUACCUAUGAAUCUGAACUAAGCAAUAAUUAUGGACCACACUUAAGGAAGUUAUAUACUGAGAAAGCGUCGUCAAGCACCAUUUUAAGUGAAGAAGAAUUAAAAGAGUUAGAAGGAGAAUUAGGGAUUUUCCAAAAUCAAAUGAAUGAUGCUAAGUUGAGAAAUCAAUCUGCUUUAAACGAAUUUAAGAGGCUAGAAAAAGAAAUUUCAAUCAGUGAAGAUACACUCAAAAAUGCAAAUGAGCAACAGCUACAAAUAAUUAGGAAAAUAGAAAAGUAUUCAAAAGAUAGUGAAAAGACCUUGAAUAAAAAGGCUAUUUUGGCUUCUCGUCGGGACGAGCUCCAGAAGAGUAUUCGCGAAUUGGGCGUAUUGCCCGAACAAGCUUUUCAACAGUCUAUUUAUGCUGAAAUCACAUCUGAUCAACUUUUGAGCCAAUUGAAUGGAAUAAAUGAUGAGCUCUUGAAGUAUGCGCAUAUAAAUAAAAAAGCAUUAGAGCAAUAUAACACGUUUACCAGGCAACGUGAUGAUCUUGUUGAACGGAAGGCCGAGUUGGAAAGAUCUAAAGAAUCAAUAGAGCAUCUUAUCGAGCGCUUAGAGACUCAAAAAGAUGAGGCUAUAACUAAGAGCUUUAAGCAAGUUGCUAAAAGCUUCCAUGAGGUUUUUGAAGCGCUAGUGCCCCAAGGUGUGGGUCACUUGAUAAUGCAAAAAAAAUCUGACAGCGAUAAUGAAGUGAGACAAUUGGAUGCUUCUCAGAACGAACAACGAAUAAUGGAAAAUUAUACUGGUGUUUCGAUUUCAGUUUCUUUCAAUUCUAAAAACGAUGAACAGCAGAGAAUUGAACAACUUUCUGGUGGCCAAAAAUCUUUGUGUGCCAUUGCUUUAAUUUUAGCCAUUCAAAAAUGUGAUCCAGCCCCAUUUUACUUAUUCGAUGAGAUAGAUGCAAAUUUGGAUACACAAUAUAGAAGUGCCGUCGCGUCUAUUAUUAACUCUUUGGCGUCUUCAGCUCAGUUUAUUUGCACAACUUUCAGACCUGAAAUGCUUCAAGUCGCCGAUAAGUUUUACGGUGUUAUGUUUAGCAAUAAGGUAAGCACAGUUUCAGAAAUCAAUAGAGAUGAAGCAAUGACAUUCAUUGAAGGUCAGCAACGUCGCUAA